UCUGCGCUGCUCGGUCAUGUUGUCAACAAGGCAGCAUGGUGCCUCAUUCAGGAACAUACAUAUCUUUUCCAUACGAAUUAUGUUAACAUUUUUGUUAACAUAGUUUUCAUCGGGAAGGCUUAUAAAGCGUUUUUAGCAAGAGCAAUACUUUUUUCAUGGUAAAACAGAUUCCUACUAAUUACUCCACGUGCUUAAUCAAGCCUGGGCUACGUCAGCUUUGUUUUGAGCGACUUUUAUGUGGGUUUUGAAGGGGCAUCUGGAUCACGCGCAGGAGAUAGCCCGGUUCCAAAACGAAUGCAAUCACUUUUCACCCGGUUUAAACUCAUUCACUGGGGUAACCCGGGCCAGAUAAUCGAAUCUCUUCACUGACAGAAAAAUGUGCGAAGCCCAGUGGAGGCGUGUGCUGGGUCGACCAAUGGGAGCUCGAGUCAACCGCGAGACCGCACAUGUUAACAGGCAGCAAUCCGCCGGUAGAGGCGCUGGCUCUUGGCAGUCGGCUACGGACUGGAGUUUCUAGAAUAUGGAUCCGGAGUUACUGUGCGCGGCUAUUUCAGCAAAUUUCACCCUGUCAGACGGCAAACCGGUGUAAAAUAUGUGUGUGAAACUUAAAUAAUUUGUUCAUGUAGAUCACAAUUAAUAUCUUUGUUUGUGUAUUGGCGAAGCCCUUUUGUUCGGAUGAAAAUGUACUGUACAAAUGUCAUUGUUGGUCCUUAAAUAUAUUUCCGUGUUUUUGUGCUCUCUUACGAGUUUAGAGGGAACAGUCAGGAAAACAAACAGGUCGAACGAAGAAAUAUCAGUAACCGGUCUGUUGAAGAGGUUAUUUCACGGGGAAUGGCUUGUUUUCAUGCAUUUGUUAAUCCAUGCAUGUAGUUUUUUCUACACAUAUUCGUGCUUUCGAAUAUCGUUCGUUUUGACCCGUGCUAGCAGCAGAGUAUGUUGCCGCUUUCUAUCAUUUGGUUAGGGUUUAUGGAGCACGUAGUCUAUCCGCUGCGGUGUUGUGUUUUUCAUGUCAGUGUUUAUCAAUUCUAACUCCAUAGAUAGACAAUUCUAACCAUAUAUAGACAUUGACCACAUUCCGCUUUAAAUUCGGUGCUAGAAAUUGAUCGCUAUGCAUACGAGGCGUUUGGUGAAGCGUUCAAUCCUGGGGAGCCGGGUGUAUGCGCCGAGUCCGACUGGGGACGGGGCUCCGUUGACAGGACUGGUACAGGCUGUCAAGCAGGAAAACAGAGACGUUUCAACCGGACCUCGGCGUAACGUCUACACGGUACUAAUGCAAGACGGAAGCCUGAAAGAAUUCUCCGAGGACGAGAUAGCCGUGGGCUUCAACCAAACGACGGCGAAAGGACCGCUCAAAUCCAGCUUGAAGCAGAGCUCCAGUAACGGCCGGGGGGACGGGACUCCACACCAGGGCCAGAACGGGGAGGCCAACUCCCUGAGCCCAGAUGCGGUGGAGGGGGAGCGGGCAGUGGAUGGCAGGAGGACAGGGCGCACUUUGGAGGGUCCUGAGAGGGACCACACCCGCUCUGUCUCCCUGCUGGACCAGAAACGUAAGGUGGUGUCAUCCAGCAUCGAUGUGCCCCAUGCCAGGAAGUCAGAUGAGGAAGUGGACAUGGACAAGGUGACAGCUGCCAUGGUUCUGACCAGCCUGUCCAGCAGUCCACUGGUCAGGAGCCCCCCAGUCAAAGUCAGCGAGGGUCUGAAUGGCUCGUGGAAGGAGAGUUGUGGGGGCUUCACCCCCUCCAGUUACAGCAGUAGUGGCUAUUGGAGCUGGAGCGGCCCUAGUGACCAGUCCAACCCGUCCACCCCCUCCCCACCGCUCUCUGCAGACAGCUUCAAGCCCUUCCGCAUGUCCAGCGUCAACGGCCCGCCCCCCGACGACGCCAUCGACGAACAGGAUGGCAGCAGCCUGCUCUUCGACGAGCCAAUCCCACGCAAGCGCAAGAACUCCAUGAAGGUGAUGUUUAAGUGUCUGUGGAAAAACUGUGGGAAGGUUCUGAGCACAGCUGCUGGGAUACAGAGACACAUCCGGACCGUUCACCUGGGGCGUAACUGUGACUCUGACUGCAGUGACGGAGAGGAGGAUUUCUACUACUCUGAGAUUAAACUCAACACAGACUCAGUCGCUGACGGUCUGAGCAGCCUGUCCCCCGUCUCCCCCUCCGUACUGUCCCCCGUCUCCCCCUCCGUACUGACCCCCGUCUCCCCCUCCGUACUGUCCCCCAUCUCUCCCCCCCAUGACCACCACAGACGACCCCCUGCAGAGGGCAGCAACGGGACCAAUGGGAACAAGGAUAAUCACAGCCACACCCACUCCAACAGCACGCCCCUCAGUCGCUCUGCCCCCAGCGCCCUCUACCUCAUCCACGCAGAGCACGCUUACCAGGCCACAGCUCCAGUCACCAUCCCCUUCUCUGGCUCUGCUGCCUCAGGCUCUGCUGCCUCAGGCUCUGCUGCCUCAGGCUCUGCUGCCUCAGGCUCUGCUGCCUCCACCUCCUUCACCCCCAGCAGCAGCUCGACCUUCAGUAUCUCCUGGCAGUCACCUCCUGUCACCUUCACUGGCACUGCUGCAUCUCCCACCCACAGUCGGACACAGAGCUUUGGGGAGCAGCGGUCUCAGACAAUAGCAGUCCUCUCCUCCCCUCCCAGAGCCACUGGCUCACUCAGCCGUAAGUCCCGUGGCGAGGGUAAGAAGUGUCGUAAAGUGUACGGAAUGGAGAACAGGGACAUGUGGUGCACUGCCUGCCGAUGGAAGAAAGCCUGCCAGAGAUUUACCGACUGAACCAACUGACCAACCGUGAGGGUUCCCCGUGGGAACCAGGGGUGUUGCUUUCUGUUCCCGUCCUACGCAUGAGUUGUCACACCCUUCUACAGUCCUGGUCCACUCCACCCCAACCAUAACCCGACCCCUCCUGACCCACCCCAGCAGGACCAAGGGGGUGGAGCCUCCUACUGUUCUGAGUAUAUCCCAACUCCAGCUCCCUCCCAAGACUUCCAACCGGGGAACAAAAAUAACCUCGGACCUAAUUGUCAGGUCAGCCAUGAAGGGACCAGAAAAGAGGCAAAUUUUGUUCCAGAACGUCUCAGUAUUUUUUAAAAUUGAGAAUGGGCUUUUUUUUGCUUUGAGAGAAGGUCAAAAUAAAAAGAGAACAGGGAAAAUCA